AUGCAGAGGAGAGGCCAAGAGUACACCCUGAUCCAUGGGGACACCUAUGGCCUCUCCAAGGCAAACCAUGCCGGACCCCCUCAGAAAGAGGAGAGGUCUGAGGACCAGGCCGCAGCAGGGCGCAGGAACCGGAAAAGGCGUCCCUGCGAGGAUGAACCUGAGGCAAAGAGAGAACGGGAGCAGGAGAAAGUCCCCACCUACGGGGACAAUGGCCGGCUCCGUCCCAGGGCCAGACCCAGCAAACCUCUUUGGAAAGAACGAGCCCAGAAAUAUUAUAAGAAGGGCGAGCUGCUGGGCCAGGGUGGCUACGGGUCGGUGUACGCCGGCAUCAGGAAAUCUGACGGACAGCCCGUGGCCCUGAAAUACGUCGACAAGUUUGAGGGCUACGACAUGGAGCUGCCCGGAUACAAAGAGCCCAUCCCCAAAGAGGUGGCGCUAAUGCAGGCGGUCAACGCAGCCCCUGCGCAUGACAACAUCCUGCAGCUCCAGCAAUGGUUCGACAGGAAGUGGUCCUACGCGAUGGUGCUGGAGCGCGUUGACCCCUGCAAGGACCUUUGGUCCUACAUGGAUGACCGCGGUGCCGAGCUGAACGAGGAGGAAGCUCGCAGCGUCACCGUUCAGCUGCUGCAGGCUCUGCGGCACUGCGAGGAGAGAGGCGUCGUCCACCGGGACGUAAAACCGGACAACAUUCUCCUGCGCACAGACACCGGCCAACUUAAACUCAUCGACUUUGGCUGCAGCGACGCCCUCAAGGACGAAGCAUACGAUGAUUUCUCAGGCACGCCAGAGUACCUGCCACCCGAGUGGUUUGAGGAGCACAGGUUCCUGGCGGGACCUGGAACGGUAUGGUCGGUCGGCGUAACGCUCUUCAAAUUGGUCUGCGGCACACUCCCGUUCAAAACCUUCACCAGGGAGUCAAUGAGCCGGCUGCACUAUAAGGCAGGCCUUUCGCCAGAACUCCGCGACUUCAUUGGCUGGUGCCUGAGGCCCCGGCCAGAGGAGCGUCCUUCGCUGGAGAUGCUCCUGUGCCAUCCCUGGCUCCAGCAGUUCUAA